AUGGGUAUGGGUCUAAUCCUGAGCAUCUUUGCUUUCUUCAUCAUCUCCAUAAACUUGGUAGUGUCGGCUGCUUUACUGAAGCUCCUCCUCAAGAAGAGCAGCCAGAGCUGGUGCUUUGUUCUAAACCUGGCCUUGGCAGACGCCCUGGUGGGUAUGGCGAUCACCGGCCUGGCCACAGAAGACUUCAACAGCUGUAAUGCCACCUGGAACCAUGGGGGCCAAGUCACUGCAGACCCUCCAACAAACGCCGUACCUUUAGCUCAGGGCAAGAACCAGUGUUUGUUGCGGAUGGCCUUUGUCAUGUCACCGUGUAUCGCAUCCAUCAUGUCUAUGUUCCUCAUCUCACUGGACCGCUACGCUGCCAUUAAGGUGCCCUUGCGGUACUCCCAGCUGUCAGGAAAGGGAACAGCAGUGGGAUCUCUGCUGGUUCUGUGGAUCACCUCUUUCACAGUGGGCUUCCUGCCAGGUGAGUCAUAACCUUAUAUAAUUUUGUAUUGAUGCCAUCUUCUGUAGGAUAUUUCAAGCUUUUUAUGUUAGCUGUUGUUGGGCUGAUUCUUCACGUCUUCACAUCACGAUUCCGGUGCAGCACCACUCUCUUCGUUGCUGAUUAUGUUUCUACAAUCUGCUUAAUUUUGACCAAAAUCUUUACCAAUGAAGUGUUUUGGAGGUUUGAGACAUUUUUUUCUGGAUUUGUGAGGCGUUUGACCCGAAUGAAUCCAGUUAGACUCUUUUACACCAGAAAUCAGAUACAACCUGUACUAAGAUUUAAGCUUUUGCAGUGAAUACUCUUUUAAAAGUCCAGCAACAUUGAAGAACCACUCAAAAAGCCCUGACAGUGGUGUCCCCCAUACUGUUAUUGUCACAUCUUAGCUACCAUUUGAGUGGGUAACCAGUGGGUAACCUUGUCCUGUGUCCCCCAGUCAUGGUGCGGCAGCUCCAGACGGACAGCUACCACGGUUUCUGUGCCUUCUUCGCGGUCAUCCACCAGGUGGGCAUGGUCGUCUUAUUCAGCGCGUGCUUCUUCCCUGUCUUCACCGCAUUUGUUUACAUCUACCUGGACAUCCUGAAGAUCUCCUGCAGCCACCAGAAGCAGAUCUUACAAAUCAGGCAAGCUGGCUCAAGGACUGUUGAGCACAAUCACAAUGAACAAACUGAGCAUCCCCACCAGCAGCUGAGGAUUUGCUUCACCGGCCAUGUCAAGGCCUUGAGGACCGUGGCGAUGCUUGUUGGCUGUUUCUUGGCGCUCUGGUGUCCGUUUUUUGUGGCAUGCCUUGUGCACCUUCUGUGCAAAACCUGCAAAGUUACCAAAGUGUUGGAAAAUCAUCUGUGGCUCUUAGGACUGUCUAACUCCCUCAUCAACCCCCUGGUGUACGCCUACUGGCAAAAGGAGGUGCGACUGCAGCUGGCGGCCAUGUUUUGCUGUUCCAGAGGUAGAUCGUCAGCUGCUGAGCCGCCACAUGCCAUGGGAAGAUACAACCAGCAGCCAACUGUUCUGACUCUAGCUGCUGUUCCUGCUGUAGAAAUCCAGGAACUUUCACAAGCACAGACAAUGAUGAAGCCCUGA